GCUACCUUGUUGCCAGCCGUAAUUUCCUGGACUUGACGUGGAAAUCGAGUUGGAGAUGCUGCAUAAGGAAAUUCGCCUGUUAUGAAGUUUGUUGCUGAGGCGUCAUGUUAGAUUUUUCUUCAACGACUGCAGGUAAAAUCGGUCUCACUAGAUUGCUGUCAGAAGACGUGAAAUUUGCUGCUGCUUCCUUCUUUUAGAGCCGUUCAAAGGGGAAAAAACAAGGCUCUCCCUGUGGAAGAUAUUAUUCUUAUAGUAAUGAAUUAAGAUAUUAGCUAAUUUUAUAAUCUAGACAAUUUGGGGGGGAAAAAAUCUGGAAGGCUUGUCUUGUGAAUAUAAUUUAAUGUGGCCAUGAGAUAGAGACAAGUAUAGUUAGCAUUAUUUUACUUUUGAUAAAUAAUCUGGCCAUGAGCAUGUUUCUGGCCCUGUUCAAGUGCCUGCGAAAGGGAAAAUAUUUCAUACUUAUCCUGUUGUCUGUUUCGAUCUUGGCCUGGAUUGCUAGUUUUGCCAGCGACAUAGUGCGGGAGGUGCCAAACACUUUAUUGCUCUGGUCAAAAACAGAUAAGCCUACCAAAAAUGUUAUGCAUGAACAAAAACCUGGUCUCAUGGAGGAACUGUCAAGUAGAAAACCACAUUCAGACGCAAGUACUCCAUCUCUUCAGAAAACUUGUCCUCUCCGAUCACCGUUUCUAUUGGGAUCUGUGCGGCUUUCAUUCGAACCUUCCCUCACGAUGAAUGACGUGGAGAGUGCAAACAGCAAGCUGAUCAAGGGUCAGUUUCAGCCUGAUGACUGCAAGCCCCGGCAGAAUGUGGCCAUCCUCAUUCCUCAUCGCAACCGGGAGAUGCAUCUUCUCUACCUGUUGCAUCACCUGCACCCUUUUUUGCAGAGACAGCAGUUGCACUAUGGCAUCUAUGUGAUCCAGCAGGCUGGCAGUAGUGUGUUCAACCGCGCCAAACUGCUGAAUGUUGGAUUUCUGGAAGCUCUGAAGGACUACAACUGGGACUGCUUUGUUUUCCAUGAUGUGGACCUCAUACCAGAGAAUGAUCAUAACCUCUAUGCGUGCGAGCGGCAGCCAAAACACCUAGUGGUUGGCAGGAAUGUCACGGGUUACAGAUUGCGGUACCAAGGCUAUUUCGGAGGGGUGACGGCCAUGAGUAAGGAGCAGUUUAGCUACGUUAAUGGGUUUUCAAACAAGUACUGGGGAUGGGGAGGCGAGGAUGACGAUCUUCGUAUUCGGGUGGGGAUCCAGAAAAUGAAGGUUGUGCGGCCGCCUGCAGCAGUGGGUCGUUAUACUAUGAUCUUUCAUAAAAGAGACAGUGGAAAUGCAGUGAAUCGUAAUCGGAUGCGUUUAUUGGAACGGACUCGGAAAAUCUGGAAAAACGAUGGAAUAAAUUCUUGCUUGUACAAAAUGCUGUCUGUUGAAAGGACCAAAGCCUAUAUUAAUGUCACAGUCGACAUUUCUGAAACAAAUGGCCAGAAUUGAAAAGAAUGCCAGAGAAUGUAUAUGCCUUACACACUUGGCGUGUGAUAAAUGACACCAGUGAACAUGCCAGAUGCCCGUGGCAGCACAACGGAAAGUGGGACACUACUGAAUGUCUAAGAAGUAGAUGAAAAUUCUCGUAAUUAAUUCAUACAAUUUAAAUUAACUUUUCAUAUUUAUGACUAUUACAGAACAUCCCUGUAUGCAGUAGUUUCCCUUAGACUUUGUGUUGUUUGUCAAAUGCUAAUACUGUAUGAUGUUACAUUUAGGAGGAGUGGCUAUACCUUUUGGUCUGUCUGAUCCCCUGUAUUUAUUUAAUUUCUGUGUAUCAUUUACUUGAAUUUUUUGUAGAAAAACAAAAGUGACUAAAAUAAAUCAGCUGCCGUGAUUAACAUGUA